AUGAUUCUUCUCAUUGAUUCCUACGACUCAUUCUCGAAUAAUUUGGCUCAACUCAUAGUCGAUACCACAGGGAAGAAGGUUGUAACUAUCCAUAAUGAUACCUUCUCAGAGGGUGAAUAUGAGAACUUCUUUGAGCUGUAUCUCCCAUUAUUUGACUAUAUAGUCAUUGGACCCGGUCCAGGACACCCUUCAAACCCUAAAGAUAUUGGAAUUGUGGGUUGGUUAUUGCAAAAAUAUCGUCUGCAAGAACUGGACCUUGACUCUGCCACAGUUGCUAAGACUGUGGUACCAAUUUUGGGCAUUUGUCUUGGUCUUCAAAGUCUCUGUUUUGAGUUUGGUAACGAAGUGAGACGUCUUGAAUGUGUGAAGCAUGGCCAGGUAUACGAUGUAGUUCCCGUGAAGGACUCCAAUUGUGGACUGCUCCCAUUGUUUAAAGAUGACUGUCCUGCUUUUCCAUCGGUGAGAUACCAUUCCUUGUACGUAGAUAUUGAUACAUUGACUGAAAAUAUGGUUCCCUUGGCUUUCUGUGAAGAACGGGAAAAUGGUACUAGAGUGCUCAUGGCAGCUAGACAUGUUUCCUUCCCGUUCUAUGGAGUGCAAUACCAUCCAGAAUCAAUUUGUUCUCAAGGCGGUGAUGAAUUGGUAGCCAGUUUCGAUGCAAUUGCCGCUGCUUAUAAUGAGAAAAAUGGUAGAAAGCAGCAAUCCGAUAGCUCUGCUGACUUGACUGCUUCUGGCAAGGGGCUUCUUACAAACUUGUUUGAUAAGUAUGCUGUACGUGAACAUGGACUUAUGCCUUCAGGUAAACUUAUUGCUACCAAAAGACUGUCCACAAACAUAUAUAUUGAGAAACUAAAGUUGUCCUCUUCCAGUCCAAUUGGUGUAUGUGAUUAUUUUUAUAAUGAGUCCAAGAAUGGAUUUAUUUUGCUUAAUUCCGCCUCCGUCCCAGGUGAAUGGUCGAUCAUUGGAUUGCCAACCAGUGGGAAAUCUGAGGUUAUUACUCAUUCGGUAGAUGAGCCUCAAACUGUGCAUAUCCUGAAGUAUGGCACAUCUUCAGAAUCUACUCAACUUACCCUUGACAACUCUAUCUGGUCAUUUGUUGGUCAGAAGUUCGAGGAUGCAUACAUUCCUCGUAAAGAUUUUUCUCUCUCUCAACAUCAUAUCAGAGACUUACCUUUCCUUGGAGGUUACUUAGGUAUCAUCUCGUAUGAAGAGGGUCAACAUGUUGUAUUUGAUAAGUUGGAUUCUCUCUGCCAUUCAGCCACUCCUGACUUGAAAUUGGUUUAUAUUGAAAGAUUCAUUAUUUUAGACCAUGUGACCAACGAUUGGUUCAUCGUAUCGAUAAACCAAGAUGAAACUGACCAGCAGUGGUGCUCCGACUUGUCUGCAGAACUUAUUCAAGCAGACAAUGUUGGCAAAUUGGUAGUUGAUAAGUCUACUGUAGCAUGCUCGGUUAAAGAUCUCUCCUCCGAAUCAAUCACUUUUGAACUUCCUUCCAAGGAGACUUACACAUCCCAAUUUAACCUUUGUCAAGAGUAUCUUCAUUCUGGGGACUCUUAUGAACUUUGUCUCACUACUCAACUGAAAAUUUCAUUACCAACUAACAUUCAGCCAUGGGAUAUAUACAAAGUGUUGACCAUUCAGAAGAACCCUUCCCCAUUCUCAUGUUUCAUGGAGUUUGAUGACAUGAUUCUCAUUUCAUCUUCUCCAGAAAGGUUUCUACUGUGGAAGGACCAAGAAGAUAAGAAGAUGGUGGAGUUGAGACCUAUCAAGGGGACGGUAAAGAAAUCUCCUGAAAUGACAUAUGAAGCAGCCACUAAGAUUUUGAAAACUCCAAAGGAAAUGGGUGAGAACUUGAUGAUUGUCGACUUGAUCAGACAUGACUUGCAUCAGUUUAUUUCCAAGGUUACUGUUGACCAACUCAUGGCUGUUGAGGAAUAUGAAACCGUGUACCAGCUUGUAAGUGUAAUUAGAGGGGAACUCGUAAAGGAUGACAUUGAAAGACCAUUCAAUGGUUUGGAUAUCUUACAUGAUUCUCUUCCACCUGGAUCGAUGACUGGAGCUCCAAAAAAGAGAUCUGUCCAAUUGCUUCAAGACAUUGAAGCAAUGCAAAAAGACUCAGGAAAUGCUGGUGGCCGAAGAGGCAUAUACAGUGGAGUUGUAGGAUAUUGGUCUGUCACUGAUGAUUCCGAUUGGUCGGUUAUCAUUAGAUCUACUUACCAUUACCGCGAUGAUAAAGAGAAUGACGAAAAGCGUAACCUCUGGAGAAUUGGAGCUGGAGGUGCCAUCACUGUAUUAAGUGAUUUAGAAGGUGAAUGGGAAGAAAUGCACGUUAAACUUACCAGUGCUUUGCAGGCAUUUAAGUAG